CCCAGGCUCCGGCCGAGCCUGUGUGGUCUCUCUCCCGCCGCUGUUGCUAAGGAAAUGGAUGGAUUGAAUGGAUCCGUGGUCCGGGGUGCAACGUCCUCCUCGCCCCCUCGCCACCACCAGCAGCACCCUGUCGUCUCUCACAGAGUGUUUACAGGAUUUACUGCGAACAGCGUGACACGUCGGCUCCAGCUCUGCACCAGCCGGGUCCAGUGGAUCUGCAGCUGAGGAACUGGAGGAUUUAUCUGGCAGCUGGUGCACCACCAAAGAAGGGGGAGAAAGGGCAGGUGCACGGAGGGGUGGACGAGCCCGGCUGRUGCUGGGUGAAUGCUGCCUGGAGACGACAACGGCUGAGGCGGCAGCAUGGCAUCCACCGGCAUGCAGAUCUUUGGAUUUGUCCUGGCGCUGCUGGGCAUCAUGGGGGCGACGGUGGCCACCCUGCUGCCUAACUGGAAGGUCAGUGCGGAUGUGGGCUCCAACAUUAUCACAGCGAUCUCCCAGAUGCAGGGACUGUGGAUGGACUGCACUUGGUACAGCACCGGCAUGUUCAGCUGCACACUUAAGUAUUCGGUGCUCUCCCUCCCUGCGUAUCUGCAGACUGCUCGCACCACCAUGGUGCUGUGCUGCGUGCUGGCUGCCAUGGGCCUCUGCCUUGCGUCCCUGGGACUGAAAUGCACCCGUUGGGGGGGCGGACGGCGCUCCAAGCGGCACGCCGCCAUCGCCAGCGGUGGCUGCUUCGUCGCGGCGGGCUUUCUGUGCCUGGUGCCCGCUUCUUGGUUCACCAACGAGGUCAUCACCAACUUCCUGGACUCCAGCGUGCCCGAGAGCAAUAAGUUCGAGCCCGGGGGCGCUGUGUACGUGGCCUUUGUUUCGGCGGGUUUCCUUUUCGUGGGGGGGUCUAUCUUCUGCUUGUCCUGCUCGGGGAAGAGGCACGGUCCUCAAGAYUUGGUUCUGCUUCCUCCACCUGACAAACUGCUGCUCCAGCAGCAGCAGCAACAGCUGCUCCAGCAGCAGGAGCUCCAGCACCAGUACUGCUCUCUCUCCCCACUAGACAAUAAAACUGGCUACAGCCUGCAGGAUUAUGUGUAAAAAAGCAUUGCUGUGUGCGCAACAAACGGCUAAAGGAAGACAAGCCUGAGGGGGAAACCAUCACAUGCUAAAGACUGGAUUUUACUCCAGACUGAGGUGGAGAAACGAGGAGAGAGGAGGGCAACAACUUUGAAUUAAUCUCUUCUUUUCCAUCUUGCUUGUCUCCUUUAUUUUCUCCUGUUUUGCAAGCACAAGCAGUGGAGGAAUUCCCUAAGCAGCGCCUUGGAACAAACAAGGAGAAUGUUUAAGGAGCCAGGAUAUGUUGCUGCAGAAUCGAAGGAAGCCCCAACUAAAAGCAGUCUUCAUCAGUAAAUCACAAUAAGCGCUCCCUAGGGAAUGGAUUGAGCAAAAACGGAAACCUUCCGCGUAGAUUUUUCUCCCCUCUCACCAAAGGUUUGAGUUGAAAGGAAAUAAGCAAUCAUUUAGCUGCUACUUACAAUCGCUCGUAUCAGUACCCUMUCAUUUGAUAAACUAGGCAAUAUAAAUGCAGAGUGCAGUGUCUAAAAUCCCCUUUCAUAGGAAGCCAUUGUAGUUUUUCGUAUCUACUAGAAUGCAACCUGGAAUGGAUUGAAAUAAAUGGUCGUGUUUCUGUUAGCUGCUAGAAGGAUGUUGAUAUUUUUGCCACUAGAGCAUGCUGUAUGGAGCCUGUCUGCGUAUUUUAAAAAGUGGAAUGCUUGGUAGAAGACUGAACCACAAAAUGCCUGUGCCUGAAAAGCUGUAGAAACAUAACCCUGCUGUAACUGUUGAAAGAGGACUGUCAGGAGGAAGAGUGGGCUGCUCUGAUGGAUUUAACUCAAAAACAGAAAAUAAUAAUUGCAGGCAGACCAAUGCCUGUGUCUUUCCCCGCAGGUGGAAAUAUGAGAGAGACGGAGAGAAAUACGCAGGAAUAGAUUCACUGCUUAGURGACUUUUUCAUAUUUCUAUCAUGUAGACACAACCCGCCUGUAAGUAGCAGCUGCUCAUCACGAUCCAUCCCAGACAUGCACACCUACGUACUUACACAUGCUUUUGUGUGCCUUUUUAUGUACCCAGUAAACAUACAGCGUUUUUGAAUGUGCUUUUCAUUCCUGUCAUCUGCCUCUGCACUGCCAUGGAAACUAAAUUCAGUAUUUGAGUAUCUUUAUUGUCUGGGGGGGGAGAGCCGCUUGUCAGUCACUGCUGUUUGAGGGGGCAUCAUUUUUUUUUUAUUUCCACCCGUCAUGGCAUGCAGUACGCUUUAAUCAGAGCUUCUGCUCACAUUACUUUCACUAAUCUCAUUUAUUCCUUCUUCUGACGUUCACAUUCCAUACAAGACGGGGAUGAACAGAUAUUUAGCGGCGCAGCGGCAAAGCUGAGGCAGAGGACGAGAAGCUUCCUGCGAGUCGAACUGAUAGCCGGCUCUUAAAAAAGGUUUGAGUCAUUCUCCAUAUGUGACUUGUUUUUCAAGUGCGUCAGCAGAGCGCAUAUGCUACCAGUCUCCACCUGCGUAAGGUCUCCGUGUCUUAAAUUGCAUCCACUCGACUGUCCUACCAGUCAAUCUCCCUUUUCCCCUUCCAACUCGUUCACCCCUGCCCUGCUUGUGUCACACGGAUGUGAUUUCUCAUGAGAGAACACUGAUGCAUGUUGAAAGCGUGUCCUCUUGCAAAGCGCACAUAAACAAAACUCUCCCCACCUGCUUGCAUGUCAUUUGCACAGCUUUGCUUUCAUGGUUACCUUGCUGGAGGAGAGUACACUUUUACGGUUUAGGGUCAGGAAGGACUGUGUGUCUUUGUGUUUGAGACGGGUCCUUGUAGGCUGCGAUGUAUAGAACUGCACAUUCUCUCAUUCUCUCUCAUAAACACGCAGCUUUCUGGGGGAGAGCAGAUGGCUAAGCACAGAUCGCCACCUGCAGGCUGCUGCCAGCACACCACAAGCAUCUUUCUGGGCAUCACUGGCGGUCUUGGCAGGGCCAGCUUUCCGCCGCACUCUGACUCAGCCCCCCCCGCCCGGCCGACCAAACUGGCCUCCUGACAAAAACUCACUGCCCAGGCAACAUAACUGAUAAAUGCAA